GUCACAUCAACCUGCUUUACUGUGACCUAUGCUAAAGGGAGAAUGUGUUCUUAUAAGCAGACAUCAGAGGAUGAGCCCUGCUCCAUCACAUAUCCAACAGAAGUACAUGUUCAAAAGACCAAGUUGAAGGACCGUAUUAUACUGACUUGUAACACCAGCUGUCCUAUGGCUGACCCUCAUACUGCCUAUAGGUGGUACUGGAACAGAGUGUUAAACCGUCACUGUGAGAAUCAAGAUAUUACACUUUUCCAGUCUCAUUCUGAGAUCUACUCCUGUGCAGUAAAAGGCCAUGAAGAUCUGCACUCUGGUGAAGAUUGUGCUGAAGAUGACAACUGUUUGAGUGUGAAUUACGUCAGCAGGAGAAUCUGUGCUCUACAAGGCUCUUCGGUGAACAUUUCAAGUGAAUAUUCUUAUCGCAACAACCAGCCGCAACCGUCUUGGUAUAUAAAAAAAAGAAGUAAUGAGGAUGCCGAGGAGCUGAAAAAUGUGGAGUAUUAUGACAUGAAGAUUUCUCACAUCCUGGGUAUCAAUAACGUGAAGAAGAAUGACUCAGCAGAAUACUCAUUCAGACUCCAGCAAUAUUACAAACAAUGGGAACAGUCUGAUUUGCCUGGAGUGACUUUAGUUGUCACAGGUCUGGAAGUGAAGUUUACUCCUUCUGCAGUGGUGACAGAGGGUCAGAGAGUCACACUGACCUGCAGUACCAGCUGUCCUCUGACUGACGACACAAAAUUCAUCUGGUACCUGAAUGGUCGACCUCUGACCCUGCCAGAGAACCAGAACAAACACCUGGUUCUAGACCCAGUCAGCAGUCAGCAUGCAGGAAACUACUCCUGUGCUGUCAAAACCCACAACAACAUCAGCUCCCCCAUAGAAACUCUCACUGUCAAUGUUGUAAAGGAAAUAGGAAUACUGAAUGCAGUAAAAUUGGUUUUUUUGUCAACGACCCCACUUGCUGUAUUUCUCCUCUACCUGAUCAUGAGACGAAUAAAGUCCAGUAAGAAGAAAACUGCUGCUGAGCCAAGUGACAAAGCACAAACUGGCCAGAUGGACCCCCUGUAUGACAGCCUCGCACCUGUGGACAUGAAUCCUGCAGCACAGACAGAAGCAGCAGCAGUGCAGCAGGAAGACACUGUGUAAAUAUCAGCUUAGAGUUUAGAUGUGUGUGAUAAAAUAUCUGUCUUGAUCAUUUAUAUUCAAGUUGGCAAGACAAGAUCUGAGCACUGCAAAGGCACCUCUUAACUCAGAGUACGUGAUUCAGCUAAGCCUGACGACACAAAAAGAUAUGAACAUUUACCCAUAUAUCUGCUUCUUGCCUUAGCAACCGCUGUGGGUUGGCUCUUAUCUAAUUCACACAUCCGUUCAUGAAGACCUAAUGCAUGUUAAUAAUGCUGAUGUUGGUCAGAUGCUCUAGAUAAUUUCCUGGGAAACAAAUUUGUUGCAUAUUGCUGCUGUAAUUAAAAAGCAAAUCAGCUUUGCAUUAUAACAGUUUUCAUGAAAAGAUUACAUUUUUUUGUUAUAUUUUAUAUGUUUCACUUGCAUACUUUUCUUGUUAUUGCUUAUUAGUAGUAUUUUUUUCUUGUUUGUCGAAUAAUAAUGUUUGAUAUAUUUACAGUUGAUUGAAUUUCAUAUUAUUUUAUGUACUGGAGAUAACUUUGAACAAGCCUCUUUGCUUUCUUCCUCCCCUACAUAACAUAUCCAUUUAUUUGCAUUACUGUACGUC